AAGUGAGCCGGCCCAGCUGCCCCGGGGCCCGGGGACCUCGCGCCCCCCGACAGCCGCCGCGGCCCGAUUCCCGAGCGCCCGGCAUGAACCGCAAGAAGCUGCAGAAGCUGACGGACACCUUAACUAAAAAUUGCAAGCACUUUAAUAAAUUUGAAGUGCAAUGUCUUAUAAAUCUUUUUUAUAACCUGGUGGGAGAUGUAACAGAGCGGCAAGGUAUGGUCACUGGACUAGAUCGUAAUGCAUUUCGAAACAUCUUACACAUGACAUUUGGAAUGACAGAUGACAUGAUUAUGGACAGAGUAUUCCGAGGUUUUGAUAAGGACAACGACGGCUGUGUAAACGUAUCAGAGUGGAUUUCUGGAUUAUCAGUAUUUCUUCGAGGAACUCUGGAAGAAAAAGUGAAAUAUUGCUUUGAGGUGUUUGAUUUGAAUGGUGAUGGAUUCAUUUCAAAGGAGGAGAUGUUCCAUAUGUUAAAGAACAGCCUUCUCAAACAGCCGUCUGAAGAAGACCCUGAUGAAGGAAUUAAAGAUUUGGUUGAAAUAACUCUUAAAAAAAUGGACCAUGAUCAUGAUGGGAAGCUGUCUUUCUCAGAUUAUGAACAGGCUGUGAGGGAAGAGACCCUUCUACUAGAAGCUUUCGGACCAUGUCUACCUGAUCCAAAGAGCGAGAUGGAAUUUGAAGCCCAAGUUUUUAAAGAUCCGAAUGAAUUCAAUGAUAUAUAAAUACCUAAAUGUCUGUGUUGUCUCGAGUGAGUAAAAAAGGAGGCGCAUACGUAUUGUUUAUUUCUCCUGCUUAGCUCAGAAAGAUGACGUUGAGUCGUGUGUUUGGGGCGGGGGAGGGGACUCACCAACAGGUGUCAUCCAACCUUGGUGGAAGAUGCAAAAGAACAAAUGGGAGACAAGAAGCCCCAUUCCGAGUGUGCGUUUGGCAAUUUAACAUUGCCAGAUAUCUUAUCACGUAGACUGUCCGUUGAACUGUCGUGAAACAAAUCGAUUAUAUAAUCAUGCAGAGGCAAAUACUCGUCAUGUCAGAAAGAUGCUGGGUACACACUGAAAAAUCAGUGAGGCUACUGAAUUUCCUUUGGAGCGGUAAAUCAAGACCACAUCAAAAGAAGGAAAGGGUAAUGGCAGUUAGCAUUUCCACACCUUUCCGCUAGGCAUGGAGGGACACUCCGAGAGCUGAAAGCGGCAUGGGACCUACUUCAGCAUGAUGCCUGUUAUUGUUUGAGGCUUUGCCAGAACAGCCUUGGAGACAGUAAGCAUCUGAAGGCAGGGAUCCCCGCAACCCAUAUUUGUGUCUGGCACAGCGGUGAGGACAGUCGCCUGCAUAGAACGGGUACGCAGCCAACAGCGUGGAGGGAAAAGUGCAAAGCGCUGCAAGAUAAAUCCAGACUCCUGGUGAGCGGAGGAGGAAGAGAGGGCUGUUUCUGUACAUAACGCGUGAUGUGGCCACAGCUUUCGGUCCAUCUCUGGGGUCACCCCGAGGCUCCUCACGCAUUGCGGCCGGUUGUAAAGUCCCCUCUCUGCGCCGGAUCCCUCUGCCUCUCCGCUUCAGCCCCAUCCCUUGCCCCCCUCGCCCCACCUGGGUGCGCCUCAGUGUCAUGCCCCACCUUUGGCUUCCCCUCGCGCACCCCUUGACAGGGAGCGCGUCACAUCUCCUCCUCCCAGCCGUGAACUCCCGAAGGCAAAGCUGCUUCCUUGGCCUCCUACCGUCCAGCAGGUGCCUGUAGGCACUGGGCGCAACAGGAGAAAGAUGGGGCCCGCUUAGGUUCCGGUAGCUGUCGUUCACCCCUUUCUGACCUGCGUGCAGGCAGCUGAGAGCGUGCAGAUCUGCAGCUAUGCCCUCCGUCCACAGGUAAACGCUCAGAGCCUACUUGAGACAUUAAGUCCCUUUCGUUAACAUACGUAUUAAGUUUGAGCAAAAGAGUACCUUGUGUUUAAAAAAAAAAAAAAAAAAAAAAAGGACUGAUACAAAUAAAUGGAAUAAGUGAUUUCAUGAAAU